AUGCUCGAUUUCGGACCACAAAUCUUGCUUGGUAUAUCUCAACGAAAUGCUGAAUGAAGGGAGAUACAAUGCUGCGAUAGCAAAGACGGAUAUUUUGAUAAAUGAGUACGGGCAGGAGCUAUUCAAAAGACUGAGACUCGGGGAGUUUUCAGGUAAUUUGAAGCGUGCGAAGAUUAUCAUAGAGAUCAGAGAGUCGGGCAGCCAACAGGAUACAGAGAAUACAAUCCACCGGAUACGCUGGGAGCAAUUGGAAGACCAGGAGCUGUGGCCCAGAGUCAAAGCCCGAAUCAUCACAGUCAGAAGGGUCACGUCUCAAAAUAAUGUUAUCGGAGGUCCUGCCACAAUCACCCUUGCUGAAGAAGCAACUUAUCGGAAGGAAAAGGGCUGA